GGUGACCUUUUAACGAGCUGUCGUUUUUAGAUUUUCGAAAACGGGACGCAGUUGGAUAGCGAAAAUAGUAAACGAGACAUAGUUCUGUUUAUAAUCAGAGUGCAAACCGAUGGCAGCCACAACAAUUUCGCCGGCGAUUAGGAAACAAAUGAGCACCGUUGCCGUCGCAAUGAAGGUCGCCGUUAUCGGCAGCGGAAUUUCUGGAGCCGUGUGUGCAUCGACUCUGGCAAGGAAUGGCGUCUCCGUCACUAUCUUCGACUCGGGUCGUGGACCUGGUGGACGCAUGUCUCAAAGAAGAGAGAUUGGAGAAGAUGGGAAGGAGUUGAUGUUCGACCAUGGAGCUCCAUUUUUCUGUGUGGGCAACUCUGAUGCAAUGGCUCUUGUUCAUGAGUGGGAGUCCAGAGGUUUUGUUUCUGAAUGGAAACAAGUUUUUGGGAGUUUCGAUUGUGCCUUCAACAAGUUUCUUGGCAUCCAACAGGAAGGGGAUGCAAAGAAGUAUGUGGGUGUUCCGGGCAUGAACUCUAUAUCUAAGGCCUUGUGUCACGAGUCUGGUGUUAAAACUAUGUUUGGAACUGGUAUUGCCAAGCUGGAAUGGUUGGAAGAAGAGAUACCAUGGUUGUUGACUGAUUCAAAAGGAGAUAAUUUGGGUCGUUUCUAUGGAGUGGUUGCAUCAGAUAAAAACAUUGUUUCUCCAAGGUUUACUCAAGUAACCGGACUCCCACCGCCACUGGACUUAAGUCUAGUCCCAGAGUUGGCGACUAAGCUGCAAAAUAUUCCUGUUCUACCAUGCUUCUCUCUUAUGCUAGCUUUCAAGGAGCCGUUGUCUUCGAUACCAGUAAAAGGCUUAUCUUUCAAGAAUUCAGAGAUUUUGAGCUGGGCUCAUUGUGAUAGCACCAAGCCUGGACGGUCUACUGAUAGUGAAAGAUGGAUACUGCAUUCUACUCCAGACUAUGCCAACAGUGUUAUAGCCAAGACCGGCCUCCAAAAGCUAUCAAGUGAAACACUAAACAAAAUAUCUGAAGAGAUGUUCAAAGAGUUUCAGUGCUCAGGCCUUGUUAGUUCUCUCCCCUUUUUCAUGAAAGCCCACAGAUGGGGAAGUGCGUUUCCAGCCAAAAGCAUAGCCGUAGAGGAGAGGUGCCUUUGGGAUAGAAACAGGAAUCUAGCAAUCUGUGGAGAUUUCUGUGUCAGCCCAAAUGUCGAAGGUGCCAUUCUCAGUGGCUUAGCUGCAACGUCAAAGCUUUUGCAGACUUCUAGCUGCUUAUAGGAACCACUGCCUUGGCUAUGCAAUCACCUAUCCCAUCAUGUCCACAGCAAUUCCAAGCACUGCUUGGAAUACCAAUGUCGGUCAACAGGCUCUCCGAGCUACCUUCUCCAUAACUCUGUGAUUCUUUAGCCCCGAG